GGCUCCGCUGCGGAAGGCUAGCGAGGGGAACCGUUGGGCCGGACGCGAGCCGUGCCGAACUGAGCGCGGGCGUCGCUGAGCGGGAGUGCGGAGCUUGGAACCUAGCGCGAUGGGAGGGGAGCAAGAAGAGGAGCGCUUCGAUGGAAUGCUGCUGGCCAUGGCGCAGCAGCACGAGGGCGGCGUGCAGGAGCUUGUGAAUACCUUCUUCAGCUUCCUUCGACGCAAAACAGACUUUUUCAUUGGAGGAGAAGAGGGGAUGGCAGAGAAGCUUAUCACACAGACUUUUAACCACCACAACCAGUUGGCACAGAAGGGCCGGAGAGAGAAGCGAGCUCGGCAGGAGACCGAGCGCCGGGAGAAGGCAGAGCGGGCAGCCAGGCUGGCCAAGGAGGCCAAGGCAGAGAGCCCGGGGCCACAGAUCAAGGAGCUGACUGAUGAGGAGGCAGAGAGGCUGCAGCUGGAGAUCGACCAGAAAAAGGAUGCAGAGAAUCACGAGGGCCAGCUCAAGAACGGCAGCCUCGACACACCCGGGAAGCAGGAUGCUGAGGAAGAGGAAGAGGAGGACAAAGGAAAGCUGAAGCCCAACCUAGGCAAUGGGGCUGACCUGCCCAACUACCGCUGGACCCAGACCCUGUCGGAACUAGAUCUGGCAGUGCCCUUCCGAGUCAGCUUCCGGCUGAAGGGGAAGGACGUGGUGGUGGACAUCCAGCGGCGGCACCUCCGGGUGGGCCUCAAAGGACAGCCCCCGGUGAUUGAUGGAGAACUCUACAAUGAAGUGAAAGUGGAGGAGAGCUCGUGGCUCAUUGAGGAUGGCAAGGUGGUGACGGUGCAUCUGGAGAAGAUCAACAAGAUGGAAUGGUGGAACCGCUUGGUCACCAGUGACCCCGAAAUCAAUACCAAGAAGAUUAACCCUGAGAACUCCAAGCUUUCAGACCUGGACAGUGAGACCCGCAGCAUGGUGGAAAAAAUGAUGUAUGACCAGAGGCAGAAGUCCAUGGGCUUACCCACCUCUGAUGAGCAGAAGAAACAGGAAAUCCUGAAGAAGUUCAUGGAUCAACACCCAGAGAUGGAUUUCUCCAAGGCCAAAUUCAACUAGCUCCUGUUUGCCUUCCUGAACUCUUGCAGUUGAACCCUAGCCAGUGAGCUUCCUCUCCCACCUUCUCCUGGGACCUGGAAACCUGCUGAGGCAGGCAUAGGACUUGCCAGGCAUGUGAGCUCCAGGCCUUCACUGGAGAAGGGCUGGGUCUUGGGGGUCUUGUCCUCCCAUUUGGCCUGUUACACAUUAAAACUGUUCUCCCUGCU